UACUGAACAAAAUAUUUCACGGCAGAAUAUGAGCUGGGGAUUGAUCUGCGGACGAGAGUGUGACGUCACAGCAGCUCCCUGGAGAUCGCCGGGGGAGUGAGUGAGUGAGUGAGUGAGUGAGUGAGUGAGUGAGAGAGUGCGCAGGAUGCUGAGCUGAACAGCUGAUUCUGUGCAUUUAACCAGUAUGGAAAGCUCCAUUCCGCUAACCUAGCAUACAUUGCAGUAUAUAAAGGGCACCAUUUUCACUAAACGCUGCAAAGGAAAACGCACCAGCUUCACAAUGGAGCGUCUUCUGCAUUCACCUGGCCGGACACGGGAAGAGUACCGGUACCAAACAGCGCGUCCUUCAUCACAGCUCACCUCAAGGUCUGCCUUCAGCAGAGGUAACGAAAUCCUUAGCGAAUUCGCCGCUAAACCAGCCGAUAGCUUAGAUUUUUCAAACAAAUAUGCAGGUGGAAUGAAUCUGAGGAAAAUUAGUGAGAAAAAAUUACUGCAGGGGCUCAAUGACCGCUUCGCGGGAUUCAUCGAGAAGGUCCAUCACCUGGAAAACCAAAACAGAGCGCUAGAGAAAGAAAUCGAGGCCAUUAGACAGAGAGCAAAAUCCUCUUCUUCUCUUUCCAAAGAGUAUGAAUCAGAACUUGGUAGUCUGAGGCAGCAAGUUCAUGAGAUAGGCCUUCAAAAGCAUCAGAUUGAGAUAAACCGCCAGAACCUGGAGGAUGAGUUUAACACUUUGAGAGAAAAGUACGAGAGAGAGGCUUGUGAUCGAGCUGAUGCGGAGGACAGCAUUUCGGUACUAAAGAAAUGCAUUAAUGACGCAAACCUAACCAAACAAGAAAUGGACAGAAAAGCUAAAGCUCUCGAAGAGGAGAUCGGCUUCUUGAAGAAGAACCACGAAAGCGAGGUAGCCGAAAUGAUGGCCCAAAUCCAAGAGGGUCAUGUGACAGUAGAAAUGAGUGAUUUUAGUAGAAGUGAUGUCACUGCAGCUCUGAGAGACAUCAGGAUGCAACUCGAAGGUCACACGGACCCUGACAUCCAAUAUGCUGAGGAACGCUUUCGAGCACAGCUUGCUAAACUGACCAAAGCUGCUGAGGUCAACAGAGAAGCCCUCAUGGCCACUAAAGCAGAGAUUAAUGAACACCGGAGACAGCUCCAGUCCAGGAACAUUGAGCUCGACUCUGUGAAAGGUGUGAGAGAAGCGCUGGAGAGGCAGCUGUAUGACCUCGAGCAACGACACAAUGCUGAAAUCCAUCACUACCAGGACACAAUCAGAGAGUUGGAAUUGGAGCUGAAAAAUGCUAAAUAUGACAUGAGCAGUCAUCUGAGGGAGUACCAGGACCUUCUCAAUGUCAAAAUGGCACUGGAUGCUGAAAUCUAUUCCUACAGAAAACUUUUGGAGGGUGAAGAGUCGAGGUACUCUACAAUCUCAGAUGCUCAUAUUUCAGUACCAUACAUUUACAGACAGUCACCCAUCUAUACUCUCCCGUGUGUCAAAAGACAGGGGGGAGCAACUCGAAAAGCAGAGCCUCAGUACAAAUUCGUCGAAGAGAUUAUUACAGAGACCACCAGAGAAGAUGUGGAGAUAUCCGACUCUGGCUCUGAUGGAAAAGAGGGUGACAGACCAGAGGAGGAGAGCAGUGAGAAGGAUGCACAGGGUGAAACUCCACAAGAGACUGAAGAACCAGCCAGUCCUGAAUUAGAAACAGAGGAAAAUGAAGUCAAACCAAGUGAUGAUAAAGUGGAUGAGCCAGCUGAAAAAACUCCAGAUGAUUCUGAGGUACAUAAAGAUGCCGACUCUGAACCAAUUCAGCAAUCUACAGAAGAAGCUACUGAUGAACAAGAUAAAGAUGAGGAAUUAGACUCAAAAGACACUGAACACAAAGACCUGAAGGAUGACAUGCAGGACAAAGUAGAAGAACCUGGAGAGGAAAAUAAACAAGCUAAAGAGACAGAGAAAGAUGUCCCCAAACCAGAUCUGUCAGAAAAGCAAGAAAUGCCAGAGGGAUCAAAAACUAGAGAAAAAGAAAAACCAUCUCAGGAACUGCAAGAUCCUGAAGCAACACCUCAAGGAAACACUAAGCCUGGUGGACAGACUACUGAGAUAACUUCUCCAAAAACUGAAGAUGCUGAAGUUUCAUCUCAAGAAUCUACAACUGCAAAAUCAGCAGAGAAAGAGAAAGAAUCAGCUCCAGUGAAACCUGUAGAGGAAGAUACUCCCAAACCAGAUAAACGAGCAUCUUCCGAACAUGCUGAGAGUGGAAAACAGACUACAGGAGAGGAUGCAAAGGAGGACGCUUCUGCAAAAAAAGACAAAUCUGAUAGUAUGAAGGAAGAAACUAAGAAAUCUGAGCAUAUGGAAAAAGAGCAAGAGGAUAACAAACUAACAGAGAAACCUGUGGGGGAAAAGCAAGAGGAUGUGUCAGGUAAAGACGAAAAGCAACAGAAACCUGAGGAGUCUGUAAAAGAUAGCAAAGCUGAACUGGCAGACAAUGUGAAAACAGGAAAAGGUGAAAAUAGUAAGGCUAAAGAACCAGAAAAGACACAAAAAGAGAUUUCAAAGGAUGCCGAAGAACAAUCACAACCGGAAAUGUCAAAGAAACAGGAGGACAGCAAAAGCAGUAGUGAUCUAGAAUGUGUGACAAUUGAAAAGGGUGAAGCUGGUAAUCUGAAAGAAACCGAAAAGACACAAGAAGACCUUUCCAAAGUUGCUGAAGAAAAACCACAACCUCAAAAGCCACAAAUACAAGAGGACAGCAAAAGUGCAGACAGCAUCAAAACAGAAGAGACUGAACAUGCUAAGCCUAAAGAAGCAGAAAAGACACAAGAAGUUUCAAAAGAAGAAAAAUCACAACCCCAAAAGUCACAAAUACAAGAGGACAGCAAAAGUGCAGACAGCAUCAAAACAAACGAGACUGAACAUGCUAAGCCUAAAGAAGCAGAAAAGACACAAGAACUUUCCAAAGAAGAAAAAUCACAACCCCAAAAGCCACAAAAACAAGAGGACAACAAAAGUGCAGACAGCAUCAAAACAGAAGAGACUGAACAUGCUAAGCCUAAAGAAGCGGAAAAGACACAAGAAGUUUCAAAAGAAGAAAAAUCACAACCCCAAAAGUCACAAAUACAAGAGGACAGCAAAAGUGCAGACAGCAUCAAAACAGAAGAGACUGAACAUGCUAAGCCUAAAGAAGCAGAAAAGACACAAGAAGUUUCAAAAGAAGAAAAAUCACAACCCCAAAAGUCACAAAUACAAGAGGACAGCAAAAGUGCAGACAGCAUCAAAACAAACGAGACUGAACAUGCUAAGCCUAAAGAAGCGGAAAAGACACAAGAACUUUCCAAAGAAGAAAAAUCACAACCCCAAAAGUCACAGAUACAAGAAGACCACAAAAGUGACAGCGUAAACAGUGUCAAAACAGAAAAUGUUGAACGUGCUAAGACUAAAGAAACAGAAAAGACACAAGAGGACCUUUCAAAAGUUGGGAAAGAAAAAUCACAACAUGAAAAGUCACAGAAAACGGACGACCAAAAAAGUGACAGUGUAGACAGUGUUAAAACAGAAAAGGUUGAACAUGCUAAGACUAAAGAAGCAGCAAUGACACAAGAAGAACCUUUCAAAGUUGCAGAAGAAAAAUCACAACCUGAAAAGUCUCAGAUACAGGAAGCCCGCAAAAGUGACAGUGUAGACGGCAUCAAAACAGAAAAGGUUGAACAUGCAAAGCCUAAAGAAACUGAAAAGACACAGGAGGACCGCUCCAAAGUUGAGGAGGUAAAAUCAUCUGAGAAGUCAAAGAAACAGGAGGACAGCAAAAGCGAUAGCAGAGCUGAAAGUGUGACAACAAGCGGAGGGGAAGCUGAAGUCACAGAGAAACAGGUUGAUGAAACCCCGAGUAAUCAACCCCCAAAAGCCCAGGAAACAACAUCUGAUGCAAAGCAUGAGCAAAAGGAUACUAAAGAAAGCAAAGAGAUGCCAGAAAAAGCUGAAGAGGUGGAGAGUGUGGUGACCAAAGGCAGUGAAACCAGCAAAGAUGUUAAAAGUCAAGAAACUGUCCAAAAAGACAAAGAAUCAGACAGUGGUGCACAUGAAGUGAUGGCUGCAAAAUCUGAGACGUCAACCAAAACAGAAGCUAAAGCUCUGGAGAAGACAGAGCAGGUCAAGGACAGCAGCAUGGAGGACAACAUGGACACCAAAGGUCCAGAAGAAACAACUAAACCCUCUAGUGUAAAGUAGAAUAUAAACAGCAGAAAAUAUUGAUUAAAAUGUCUUUGAGAAUAGAGAAUGUUCAAAUAGCAGCCUUGACAAAUAAAUUACAUCCGCGUGAUCUCAGUUCAGCAUGACUUUUAGAAACUGCUUUUUGGAAGUGUAAUAUUCUGAUGCAAGAUGCAUGCUUACUUACACUGUGUACAUAACGAAUGUGAAUUAUGAGGAAUGUAUACAAUUUUAUUUUGCUACAUCCCUUGCUCUGAUAAGCCAAAAUGUAUGUAUUAAAAGUGCUAUACAUUACAGUAACUGAAUAAAUAUUCCAGCA